GCGCGAAGGGAGAAGGGGACACGAGCGGAGGGGGGGCAGGAUGUGUGCCUGUGCGUGCGCGUGUGUCCGGGGAGGGGGAGGCGCCAAGGUGCGGGCCGCGCGCCGCUCUGCGCCUCGGCGGGCCGCGUGCGUGUGUCUGUCCGCGCUGCCGGGACGGGCUCUUCGAGGGAUUGGCGUCACAUGACUCCGCCUGCCCCUUGCCAGCGCGCAGCUCGCCAGGCCCUCAGCGCGCCCCGCGCCGGGAAAGGGUCCGGCGGCGCCUCCCGGCCCCGGGGUCCUGGGAGGCGUGGUGCGUUCGGAUUCCCGAAGCCGCGGCCCCGCGCCAGACCCCCGAGUGCUCCUACCUGGGGGGAGGGGAGGGCGAGCAGGCGCGAGCGCCGGAGCGCGGAGCGCGCACGGACAGGGGCCGCCGGGGCUGCGCGGGGAAGAUGUAAGCGCGCGGGGUCCCGCUGGCCUCCGAGCACCAUGCAGAAGGGGAUCCGGCUGAACGAUGGCCACGUCGCGUCCCUGGGGCUGCUGGCGCGCAAGGACGGCACGCGCAAAGGCUACCUGAGCAAGCGGAGUUCGGACAACACAAAAUGGCAAACCAAGUGGUUCGCGCUGCUGCAGAACCUGCUCUUUUACUUCGAGAGCGACUCGAGCUCGCGGCCCUCGGGGCUCUACCUGCUGGAGGGCUGCGUCUGCGACCGCGCGCCCUCCCCCAAGCCUGCGCUCUCGUCCAAGGAGCCCCUGGAGAAACAGCACUACUUCACGGUCAACUUCAGCCAUGAGAGCCAGAAAGCCCUGGAGCUGAGGACAGAGGACGCGAAGGACCGUGAUGAGUGGGUGGCGGCCAUCGCUCAUGCCAGCUAUCGGGCCCUGGCCACGGAGCACGAAGCGCUGAUGCAGAAGCACCUCCACCUCCUGCAGGUCGUUGAGGCCGAGAAGACAGAGGCCAGGCAGCUGCGGCAGCAGAUUGAGGAUGGGGAGAUCGAGAUCGAGAGGCUGAAGGCAGAGGUCGCGUCCCUGCUCAGGGACAAUGAGCACACCCAGUCCACCCAGACCAUCGCCCCCAAUGACGAGGACAGUGACAUCAAGAAAAUUAAGAAGGUGCAGAGCUUCCUGCGGGGCUGGCUGUGCCGGCGCAAGUGGAAGAGCAUCAUCCAGGACUACGUGCGCUCGCCGCACGCCGACAGCAUGCGGAAGCGCAACCAGGUGGUGUUCAGCAUGCUGGAGGCGGAGGCCGAGUACGUGCAGCAGCUCCACAUCCUCGUCAACAACUUCCUGCGCCCGCUGCGCAUGGCCGCCAGCUCCAAGAAGCCGCCCAUCACGCACGACGACGUGAGCAGCAUCUUCCUGAACAGUGAGACCAUCAUGUUUUUGCACCAGAUCUUUUACCAGGGCCUGAAGGCCCGCAUCUCCAGCUGGCCCACACUGGUCCUGGCUGACCUGUUCGACAUCCUGCUGCCCAUGCUCAACAUCUACCAGGAGUUCGUGCGCAACCAUCAGUACAGCCUGCAGAUCCUGGCCCACUGCAAACAGAACCGUGACUUCGACAAGCUGCUCAAGCACUAUGAGGCCAAGCCGGACUGCGAGGAGAGGACGCUGGAGACCUUCCUCACCUACCCCAUGUUCCAGAUCCCCAGGUACAUCCUGACGCUGCACGAGCUGCUGGCCCACACUCCCCACGAGCACGUGGAGCGUCACAGCCUGGACUACGCCAAGUCCAAGCUGGAGGAGCUGUCCAGGAUAAUGCACGACGAGGUCAGCGAGACAGAGAACAUCCGGAAAAACCUGGCCAUCGAGCGCAUGAUUAUCGAAGGCUGUGAGAUCCUCCUCGACACCAGCCAGACUUUCGUGAGACAAGGUUCCCUCAUCCAGGUGCCCAUGUCCGAAAAGGGCAAGAUCACCAGGGGCCGCCUGGGGUCCCUGUCACUGAAGAAAGAAGGGGAGCGGCAGUGUUUCCUCUUCUCCAAGCACCUGAUCAUCUGCACCAGGGGCUCUGGCGGGAAGCUCCACCUGACCAAGAAUGGAGUCAUCUCACUCAUUGAUUGCACCUUGUUGGAGGACCCUGAAAGCACAGAAGAGGAAGCCAAAGGGUCCAGCCAAGACACGGACCGCUUGGACUUUAAGAUUGGAGUGGAGCCGAAGGAUUCCCCACCUUUCACGGUGAUCCUUGUGGCCUCGUCCAGACAGGAGAAGGCGGCGUGGACCAGCGACAUCAGCCAGUGCGUGGACAACAUCCGGUGCAAUGGGCUCAUGAUGAACGCAUUCGAGGAGAACUCCAAGGUCACUGUGCCCCAGAUGAUCAAGUCCGACACCUCCUUGUACUGCGAUGACGUGGACAUCCGCUUCAGCAAGACCAUGAACUCCUGCAAAGUGCUGCAGAUCCGGUACGCCAGCGUGGGGCGGCUGCUGGAGCGGCUGACCGACCUGCGUUUCCUGAGCAUCGACUUCCUCAACACCUUCCUGCACUCCUACCGCGUCUUCGCCACAGCUGCUGUUGUUCUGGACAAGCUCAUCGCCAUCUACAGGAAGCCCAUCAGUGCCAUCCCCGCCAGGUCCCUCGAGCUCUUGUUUGCCAGUGGUCAGAACAACAAGCUUCUGUACGGCGACCCCCCCAAGUCCCCACGUGCGACCCGCAAGUUCUCCUCGCCACCGCCCCUGUCCAUCACCAAGACAUCGUCCCCCAGCCGCCGGCGGAAGCUGUCCCUGAACAUCCCCAUCAUCACGGGCGGCAAGGCGCUGGACCUGGCCACCCUCAGCUGCGGCUCCAACGGCUACACCCCCACGUUCCCGGCCAUGUCGCCUUUCAGCAAGGCCGCGCUGGACACCAGCAAGCUCUACGUGUCCAGCAGCUUUGCCAGCAAGAUUCCAGACGAGGGAGAGACGGCCCCCGAGAAGCCCGAAGACCCCUCGGCCAUCGGCAAACAGGGCUCGGAAGCCUCGGUGAGGGAGGAGUCGGACGACGACGCGACCCGCAGCGACGACGGCGACGCUGAGACGCCCCCGACCUGGUCUCCGACGACGCCCAAGGCGCUCAAAAGCAAAAAUUCCUCAGAGUUCCCGCUCUUUUCCUACAACAACGGGGUCGUCAUGACCUCCUGUCGUGAACUGGACAGCAAUCGCAGUGCCCUGUCGGCAGCCUCUGCCUUCGCCAUAGCAACUGCAGGAGCCAACGAGGGUACCCCGAACAAGGAGAAGUACCGGAGGAUGUCCUUGGCCAGCGCAGGGUUUCCCACUGACCAGAGGAAUGGAGACAAGGAGUUUGUGAUCCGCAGGGCUGCCACCAACCGUGUGCUGAACGUGCUCCGCCACUGGGUCUCCAAGCACUCUCAGGACUUUGAGACCAACGAGGAGCUCAAAUGCAAAGUGAUCGGCUUCCUGGAGGAGGUUAUGCACGACCCGGAGCUCCUGACCCAGGAGAGGAAGGCGGCAGCCAACAUCGUCAGGACUCUGACGCAGGAGGACCCAGGAGACAACCAGGUCACGCUGGAGGAGAUCGCGCACAUGGCUGAAGGUGUGAAGGCAGAGCCCUUUGAGAACCACUCUGCCCUGGAAAUCGCGGAGCAGCUGACUCUGCUGGACCACCUCGUCUUCAAGAAGAUCCCCUACGAGGAGUUCUUCGGGCAAGGCUGGAUGAAGGUGGACAAGAACGAGCGGACCCCUUACAUCAUGAAAACCACCAGGCACUUCAAUGACAUCAGUAACUUGAUUGCUUCAGAAAUCAUCCGCAAUGAAGAUAUCAAUGCAAGAGUGAGCGCCAUCGAGAAGUGGGUGGCUGUGGCUGACAUAUGCCGCUGCUUACACAACUACAACGCUGUGCUGGAGAUCACCUCGUCCAUGAACCGGAGUGCGAUCUUUCGGCUGAAAAAGACGUGGCUCAAAGUCUCUAAGCAGGGUGGAUUCUUCCUCGGGAAUAAAGUCCCCUGCAGUGAGGUCAUGAGGGGCAGCUCUCCUGAAAAUGCAGAGAACACGGGAUCACUCUCUUGGUGACUUGGACGCCCCAGCCCCAGCCUGUGUGGGCAAGAGGCUAGGCAGGCAGCACCAAAGGUGCGUAAGCCCCCAGAGGCACCAAUGACUUGGCAGUAGUGUGUGUGGUCCCACGGCUGGGUGGGCUGUGGGGAUCCAGGGCCUCGCUGGGGCCUGUCUCACCUGAGCCACUCUGGAUUUGUGUGCCGUGUCCCCCUCAUUGUUCCCUUUAUUACCUUCCGUUCACCACCCUCUUCGUGCCAUUGGCCCCCCAAGCAAGCACAAGAUCCAUAAAUCCUCCUACUUAGACAAGCAGCCCAAAUCAGGACAGCCCUGGGGCUUCUCCACCGCCCUCCAUGGCCACCAGCCACUCUGGCUCCAGACCACAGCAGGAAUGCAGGGCACAUCCCAGCCAGGCUGGGCCUCCUGCUGCUUAGCAUACAGAGGUGCCAGGCUUAGGACAAGGACCGUGGAAGAUGUCAGUCCUAUCAGCGGGAUCCUGGAGAGAGCAGGCUGAAGGCGUGGGAGCGCAGGCCUCGGGCACACCUGGCCACAUGCGACACACGGUGUCAUCAACUGACGUCAGGCCGAGCAAGGCUGCUGCAGAAUCUGACUCCCCCUGGGCUUGUGUGGCCUGUCGAGCUUCCGGUAGGGCUGUGGCAGAGCCCGAGGGGCCCAUUCCAGUAAGAGUAUUUGUUCACCUGCCACUGGAACGAUGUCGUUUCCAAAGGCCCUCAGACAAGGCUCGCCUGCCCACCACACCGGGGACUCUGAGUUGUCGGCUUUGUUCUCCAGCCCUUGUGAGGCUGGGCAGGAACCACCACUGACCACCAUCUCAGAGGCAAGUGCAAAGCAGGGGCAGUUAGAGGUCAAGGCCUGGGACCUGGCCUGCAUUCCAGGAUGUCACUGGGGUCAGCCAGCUCGGUCCAGAAAUCAACGCUGCCUGUGGCAGCACUCCAGCCUGCACCCUCUGUGGCAGACUGCGCCCUGCGGCUUCUCCCUGCCCGUCAGCACAGCACCCGGCUCCCAGAGCCUCCCGGGGCCUCGGCACAGCCUGCUCCGCCCCGGCAGGGACAGUUUGCUAUCUCUCUGCAGGUGGACACUUGUGACCCACCAAAAUGGCCACAUUUCUCAGAGGACCUUUAAAUGUAGCCUCAGCAGCUCCAGUUCAUCAUCCCCUUGAAUGUGCUGGCCCAGAACAGAAGACCUUACGACCAGCCCUUGGCAAGAGCCAGGCAGCCGGUUUAGUCCGGGACAUGCGGCCUCCAGUCCCCCUUUCUUCUUUCACUCCUCUCCCAACCUCUUUGAGAAUAAAAGCUGUCCCUCCAGAAAGGGUCUGACGGCGCCCCUCCACGGGCUGACGGGGGUGGCAGGCGGCCUGUGUCCCCUCUCUGCAGGGCGGUUCACUGCAGCCAACCCUCUCUGCAGCUGACCGUACUCCCGGGCCUCUGGGAGGGAGCGCCCUUGGCCACCCAGAAGCCCUCUGUCUGGAGGCCCCACAACCAUCUUCUUCCCAAAGCAGGCUCCUCGCUUGGUCUCUGGCUUCAAUGAUCGAUUCCAAGGCCCCCUUAUUCCUGCCCACUGGUAUCCACACUCCACAGAGCCCAAGCUCCCGUGGGCAUCAAAGGCAGGCACUCCUGGCCCCACCAGAAGAUGCUUGAGCUGCUUUGGGGCAGAACACACUUCUGAAGCAGCAGAUGAGAAAGCCCGGUGGCCUCCCAGGUUGCUGGGCUCCUUCCUGGACAGUCAGGGCCUGAAGAGGGGCGCAGAUGUGGAAGGAAUCAGUCUGACCAGUGUCACCGUCAGGGACCUGGGCGCACCUCCCAUCCUCCACGUGCAAAGGCAGAGACCCAGCUGGGUGGGAGGCCGGUGACUUGCCCAAGGCCGUAGGUGGUGGGCCUCUGUGCACUCGGCCCUCAGCUGGCCUCGGGCCACAUCGGAUCGUUUCUCUGCAGGGGGUGGGAAGGAAGGACAGCAGGGACGCAGGUCUGGGAAGAGUGCGCAGGACGGAGCCUCCGCUCCUAGCCUUGCCCCCCCGGGCGUGU